AUGGACAACCAAGUCAUUGUAAAACCAAGCUUGUACGAUCUGCCAGAUGAAGUGUUGCUGCCACUGAUGAUCACCUUAAACGACACCACUCUUUUGAAUAUGACGCGUGUUUGCAAGCGUUUUAAAGCCAUCGCCAAAGAAGCAUUUAUGAAAAAUAUCAAAACGGGCCAUUUGCUGUCGUUAUCGGAACAGAAUCUAGUUGAUUGUUCGCAAUCGUAUGAAAACCUUGGUUGUAAUGGCGGUUUGGCAGUUGAUGCUUUCAAAUACAUUACUGAUCAUGGUAUUGAUGCUGAGACAAGUUAUCCCUACAGCGGCACCGAACUUUCUGUUUACAAUUUAAAUGCAAAAAAAUCAAAUGUUACCGUUAAGGGAUUUGUACGUAUACCCAGUGGCAAUGAAGAAGAAAUGCAGAAAGCUCUUGCCUUCCAUGGCCCUGUUGCGGCUUCGAUUGAUGCUUCACAUGAUUCAUUUGAUCAUAUAUCGCAUGACAUCUAUCACGAACCUGCAUGCAGUAGCACAAACCUAGAUCACCUAGUGUUGGUUGUCGGUUAUGGAACUGAUCAUUAUAAUAGAGAUUAUUACAUUGUGAAAAAUAGCUGGGGCACGACCUGGGGUGAAAUGGACUAUUUUCGAAUAUCUCGAAAUCAGAUGAAUCAUUGCGGAAUUGCUACAAGAGCUGUAAUUCCUAUUAUCUGAUUGUGUUAUUGAAGAAAUCUGGUUUUCCAUUGAAUAUGAGACAUUUUUACACAAAACAAUGUAUUAUUUUAACAUAAAAACAUGGCAUUUUUGAAGUGAGAUAACAAAUCCAAAGAUAUUUUUCCCUGGAAUCAAGAAAAAAAGACAAGCAAAAAG